AUGUAUCUGGCCAGGAAAGCAUCUUUGAAGGCUUGGCUAUCUUCUCAGCAGCAUAGAGUGUCUCUUACUACUGACAUAUGGACUGCUAAAGUUACACGAGCUAGUUACAUGGUGAUUACUGUGCAUUUUGUGGAUGCAGAAUGGCGCUUAAGGAAGUUGAUUCUUGGAUUUAAGUAUAUCACGGAUCACAAGAGCAACACAAUAUCAAAGGUUUUACUUGAAUGUCUUGCUGAUUGGGGCAUAGAGAAGUUAUUCACCAUCACAGUCGACAAUGCAACUGCCAACAGUAAUGGAUUGAAGAAGUUUGUUGAAGGAUGUUUGUCUGAAGUGGAUGAUAAUGUGGCAGCUGUUCGUAAUGGAGUGCAGUAUGUUCGGUCUUCAGGUCCAAGAUGUGACUCAUUUGAGCAAAAGGUUGUUUCAGGGAAGAUGACUAGGGGGAGUUUGCCAAUGGAUAUGAAGACAAGGUGGAAUUCUACAUACUUGAUGUUGACAAGAGCCAUGAAGUUUAGGUUGGCUUUCCAGAAGAUGGAGGAUGAAGACAAGUUAUAUAAUGACUACUUCCUGGAACUUGUCGAUGGGGUGAAACGGAAAGGAUCACCUUCUUACACGGAUUGGAGGGCAAUAGAGAGGUUAGUGAAGUUUCUUGGCUUGUUCUACACUGCUACUUUGGUCUUUUCAGCGUCGACUAAGACUUGUUCAUACAAGUGUUAUGGUGAAAUUGUCACUAUAGAGAAGAAUCUCACGACUUUGAGCAAUAGUUAUGAUAGUGAACUAAGCAAAAUGGCGAUUGAAAUGAGAGAGAAGUUUACUAAGUAUUGGGAAGGGAUCAAGAAUAUUAACAAGAUGUUGAUUGUUGCUAGUGUGUUCGACCCUAGACAGAAAAUGCAGUUUGCUAAGAUGUGCUUUGACAAACUCUAUGGAAAAGAUAGUCAAGAAGCUAAGGGUAUGUGCACAUCUGUUCUUGAUGUCAUGAAGGAUAUGUUCAAGGAAUAUAGUGUCAACUACAAAGGAUCAAGCACACAAUCAUCUCAACCGAUUCCAUCUUCUUCUGGUGCUACACAAGAUCAGUUUAUAUUUGAAUCAGUUUCAAGUGACUUUGCAGAAGAAAUCUCAGAAUUUGAAAGGAUGGAUAGUGCUUACACUGAAAUGGAUGUUUUUGCAAUGCAAGUGUCCUCUGUCGCCUCUGAAAGUGCUUUCAGCACUAGUGGUCGAAUCAUUAAGCCUCAUAGGAGCUGUUUAACUCAUUACAUGGUGGAGGUGUUGAUGUGCACUGAGCAAUGGAUGAAACAAGAUAUGAAGAUUAAUGAAAAAGAUUGCCUUGCAAACUCACAGAUCCUUGCUGAUAUUAAACUAUUUGAUAGUCUUCAGAAAGAGUUUCAAAAUGAAAACAACUAG